AUGAGUCGACCAUCAAGACGACGCCUUCCUGAAAACUACAUGGUUAUUUGGGUUGAUGGAAAUAUGGAUAUGGCCAAUAAAGAUUGCCAAAAUACAAUGGAUCAAUUGCGUGGUGUCGUGAAUCAAGUCAAUCCGUGUACAACAGCUGAAGAAUGUAUUCAACAGCUGAAUGAAAAUCCUGAAGAGAUAUCAUUUGUUAUCUCCUCAGGUGCACUUGGACAACAUAUGGUACCAGACAUUCAUGAUAUGGCAAAAUUAAAUGCCAUAUACAUUUUUUGUCGUAAGAAAGAACGGUAUCAAGAUUGGGCCCAAAAUUGGGCAAAAAUCAAAGGCGUUCACACAUCAAUCAAACAUAUUUGUAAAAAAUUGGCAACAGCUAUUAAACAAUGCAAUCAAGAUCAUAUGUCGGUCGAUCUUAAACUUACGUCAGAUGAUGAUCCACAACUUCGAGAAUUAAAUGACUUUAUACGAAAAGAGGUCAGCGGCACCGGAUGGCGUCGAAUGGGUCAAUUGUUACUCAAAAUAGGUCAAUUCGACAAGGCCAAAGAGCUAUAUAUGGCACUACUAGAACAGGCAUCGAACGAUAGUGAUAGAGCAUACAUCUAUCACCAGCUUGGAUGGUUGAAAAACGACCAAGGACAAUACGCAAAAGCAGUUGCAUUUUACGAACAAUCUCUGAAAAUCUACCGAAAAAGUCUCCCCAAAGAUCAUCCUUCAUUAGCUACUAUGUACAAUAAUGUUGCUCAAGUGUAUAACGACAUGGGCGACUACUCGAAAGCACUUGAAUUUUACGAAAAAGAUCUAGAAAUCACAAAAAAAGCUCUGCCUUCGAAUCAUCCCUCAUUGGCUUCUUCGUACAACAACAUCGGUGGAGUGUACAACGACAUGGGUGACUACUCAAAAGCACUUGAAUUUUACGAAAAAUCUCUUGAAAUAAGAAAAAAAGCUCUGCCUUCGAAUCAUCCCGAUUUGGCUACUUCCUACGACACAAUCGGUCAAGUGUAUAAUAACAUGGGUGACUACUCGAAAGCACUUGAAUUCUACGAAAAAUCACAUCAAAUCUUGAAAAAAGCUCUGCCUUCGACUCAUCCUCAUUUGGCUGGAAAUCAUUUGAGUUUUGCAGCAUAUUACGAAAAAAUGGGUGAUUACACAACAGCUCUUAAAGCCCUUAAAAAUGCUUAUCAAAUUCAGCGAAAAGCUUUUGAAGAAGGUAAUCGAGCUUUUUCUUUUACGUACAGUAGGUUAGGAAGAGUUUAUCGCAGUAUGAAAGAAUACUCAAAAGCACUUGAGUAUUUUGAAAAGCGGCUCGCAAUAGAUAAAAAAACACUACCUGACAAUCAUCCAUAUUUUGGUAUAUCAUACAGUAAUAUUGGUGAUGUUCAUCGUUUAAUGGGUGAUUAUGAGAAGGCACUUACAUUUCAUCGAAAAGCAUUAAAUUUUCAAGAAAAUGUUCAAUGUAAUCCUCUCCAAUGUGCAACGACAUAUAUCAAUUUGGGUGAAACUUAUCGUCAAAUGAAAAAUUACACAAUGGCAUUGACAUAUUAUCAAAAAGGAUUAAAAAUACGGGAACAGAAACUAUCAAAAAGUCAUCCUGAUUUAGCUGUAGCAUAUCACAAUUUGGCGAAAUUAUAUUUAUCUACUCGACAAUAUAAUAUGGCAAUGCAAAAUGUUCAACAAGCCGUAGAAAUCGCUCAAGAAAAAUUACCCUCAAAUCAUCCUCAUGUUUCGGAAUAUAAAGAAACAUUAGAAAAAAUUCGAAAGAAAAUGUAA